ACGAGUUUUGAGGUGUGAUGAUAAUAAAGCUUUUGUGCUUUAAUGGAAGGAACUUAACACCUCUCUCUCUCUCUCUACAGCUCCUUGAUUAUUCUCCCUCUCUGGUAAUAUCUGAAUCUAAUCGAUCUUCUUCUUCUUCGCGAGCUCCAUUUUCAACCAGCGAUUCGUUUUCUCUCUGAGUUGAAGAAACAACCAUAAGAUUUCAAAAUGUCACCGGAAGAGAAGCUACAGAGCAACGUCUCUGAUGGAGGACUCAAGGAGCAUAACUACUUGGGUCUCUCUGAUUGUUCCUCUGUUGGAAGCUCAAAUCUCUCCGGCCUUGCAGAUGAUGACAAAGCCACUAUCAGCCUCAAGGCCACUGAGCUCACACUCGGCCUGCCUGGAUCGCAGUCUCCUGCUCGAGACAACACUGAGCUCAACUUACUUGGCCCGGCUAAGCUCGAUGAGAAACCUUUCUUUCCUUUGCUUCCUUCCAAGGAUGAGAUCAGCUGCUCCUCUUCGCAGAAGAACCUUGCCUCGGGGAACAAAAGAGGCUUCUCUGACACUAUGGAUAAGUUCUCUGAAGCUAAAGUCUCUGUUUAUGCUGAGAAAAACUGGAUGUUUCCUGAAGCGGUGGUAGCCAACCAAUCUGUUGUAAAGAAGGAAGUGCCACAGAACAUACCUAAAGGAAAGCAGAGCACUACAAACAAUAGCUCUAGCCCACCUGCGGCCAAGGCGCAGAUUGUUGGGUGGCCUCCAGUGAGAUCCUACAGGAAGAACACAUUGGCCACCACUUGUAAGAACAGUGAUGAAGUUGAUGGGAAGCCAGGUUCUGGGCCCCUCUUUGUGAAGGUCAGUAUGGAUGGUGCUCCAUAUCUGAGGAAAGUUGACCUGAGGAGCUACAACAACUAUGGGGAGCUUUCUUCAGCCUUGGAGAAAAUGUUCAGCACUUUCACUCUUGGUCAACCUGGAUCUAGCGGAGCUACAGGGAAAGAUGUGCGUAAUGAGACCAGACUCAAGGAUCUUCUGAAUGGAAAGGACUAUGUGCUCACCUAUGAGGACAAGGAUGGGGACUGGAUGCUUGUUGGCGAUUUCUCAUGGGAGAUAUUUAUUGGUGUCUGCAAGAAGCUCAAGAUAAUGAAAGGCUCUGAUGCCAUUGGGUUAGCUGCAGCUCCAGCACCAAGAACUAUGGAGAAAUCGAAGAUGAGAGCUUAAAAGACUUCGUUGGAAAAUGAUUCAGAAGCUUUCUAAUUAUUACUAAAUAUGUGCAAUUCCCUUUUGGUGGUGUUUUAAAUCAAAGCAUUCUACAUCUUUAGCUUCUGAGAUAAUUAUUAUUAAGAAGAAAAAAAAAAGACUUCGUUUGUAAGGAAAUGAAGAAGAAUUUAAAUUAUCUGUUUUCUUUUUUUUGUUUUUGUUGCUUCUUGCUUUAGUCGAACCAAGUAACUCUGGAGUCUGGUCUAUGUUUGGUUUUUGAUUUCUAUGUGUGGUUGACUUUUAUAUUUGAGGAUAUUCGAUGUAAUGUUCUUUUGCUCUC